AUGCUGAAUUUCUGGAAGGAAGUUGCGAAGGAGCAGCAGGUGCAGCAGCAGAAACCGGCGGCGACACAGCAGCAGAAACAGGCGGCACAGCCUUUAGCUGAACAGCAGCAGCCCCAAAUCUCGGCGCCAUCAUUCAUUCACUACGCCUCAAUCAAACAGCAGCAGCAUCUGCCGACUGCUCAGGCUCAGGCUAAGGCUGAGGCAUAUGUGAGCUCCCCAUGCCAAUCUGAGGAGCAACAGCAUGAGCAACAAACGCCAGAACAGCAACAGCAGACGCCGUUUGAAGCGGAUCUGCAGCAGAGCUUGGACUGUUUAAUGGUAAAAGAGGAGCAGCCUCUGCCACCCCUCACACCGCUGUCGGAGGCACAAGAGGAGCAGCCGCUCCCGUUGGCAGCGGGGAGCCCCCAGGGGGGUAGCAUUACAAAUCCAACAGUUGUCGACGUGCUGCAGUCCAGCUCUAAGCUGGAAAGACUGUACGUAAAACUGGUAGCGCGGAAGAACAUAAACAGCAGGAUGAGCGCGUCUGAGACACGUCUAAUCUGCGACGGAGCUAUCCAAAUGUACAAGAAGGAAGGAAUGGAGCUGAACUUCUCCCAAUGCAGAGAGCUGGGCAGCUGUUGGAGCUGUGUCCCCAGGAGGACCACACUCUUUGGUGCCGGAAGGUGGGAACUAACUGUAUAUACAAUCGUAUUCGUACCCUUAAAAGAACCCCGGAAGAAAAAAAGCAGGAAGCCUUGCAGAAGCGAAAACAACGGACAGAAGCAAAACGUUCCUCUGCCACAUCUGCCACGACCAGCGACAGAGACACGCCGCUUUCGUAAUUCCAGCGGUGCAUCGAUACGUUACGUUCUCGUUCACGUUUAGCAUUUCCUUGUUGAAAUUUUCGCCCUUCAAGGGUGCGAGUCUUUUGUUCAAAUAUUUCAAGCCCCCUGUCGAGCCUUUUGUAACCUUGAUAUCGGAUCAAAUGUAACCACGGCCAAUAAAAGUCGCCUAAUCAGUUAUUAAAUGAAGAGUUGGUCGGACGCACACAAACCACGAUCCCUCUUCGAACAAAGAGUCAACGUACACCUACAGCUCCACACCUCCACAAUGGGUCUACGAAAUUCCAAGUCGAAGCGUAGCUAUGAGGUGACACCUCCACAAUCUGAGAACCAGAGCCCACCCCAGACGACAUCCCCGACACCCACCGCGGUGCCACAGAUGAAAUCUGACGACACACUCACUUUUAAUUUGUACAAAAGUACACUUUUCCAGCGGUCGGCACUGUGGUUAGUACGCUAUCUAUUUGCCUGAACAACUUUACACCAGAAGCCAUCUUUGGCGAUAAUCCUGAAUCCGAUGUCUUGAGAUCAGAGCUAAUGAGCAAUGAACGAUACAGAGCCAACGUUGAGCGUAUUAUGCCAUGGCUAAAUAGACGCGGGCUGCUCGAUUUUGUAGUGGAUUCUGUGGAAACCCCCGGAAAAACUGAAUAACACAUAAGAUUCAAUAUUAAUAUUUACUACAGAAACAAGAUAUUAGAUAUUAUAUACUUUUUAUAUCUGA